AUGUUUAUGACAACCGCACGUCUCAAAGCGCUAUUUCGAAAGGGGGUGAAGAGACAACGAACGAAUAAUGCAGUACCGACGAGCAGGCUCUUUCGAGCUGAACGGACUCCAUUCAUAAGUACAGGAUGUCAAGGGUCAGGCUACAUGCUACAUCAUCAGUUAUUCAGUAAUUGUUUUAAUGAGUUCCGACCCAACGUCAGCAAACUACCGGACUGCGUAAUGAUGGUGAUUUUGAGCACGAAAAUAGCGACCGGAAAAAUGGCAAUAAAUCGAUUACUGCUAAAUUUUGUCGCAAAAGCCGGAUAA